CUGCCUCAGGGAGGGAAGGACCUCUCGCCUCGCCCCGCCCCGGGCCUGCACGUGUUGCUGUACCCCGCGGAUACCGAUCGGGCUCCAUGGCCGCUACGAGCACCACAAGCUCCUGCCCCAUUCCCGGCGGUCGAGACCCGGGCUCCCCGGACGGCUACAGCUGCACUCCCGGCGGGACCCUCUACUCCACCACCCCAGGGGGUACCAGGAUAAUCUAUGACCGUAAAUUCCUGCUGGAGUGUAAGAACUCGCCCGUUGCCAGGACCCCCCCCUGCUACCUUCCUCACAUCCCUGGCAUCACCUCUCCCCCGCACGCGGCGCUCUCCAAGCUGGAGGAUCUUAAGGAACAAAAUGAGACUGAGGAAGAGGUCCCAGAUGACAAUCAGUUUGCCAUGGAUAUCUGAGCUCCCAGCAACACGGCCGGCUGGCGGCGAGCUGCUUUCCUGGGGCUUCUGCCUCCCUUCCCUCGCUGAAGACCCAGAGGUGAGCAAGGCCCUGGUGCAGCUGCAGCCUGUGGAUCUGGCGCUGUUUUAACGCUGUUUCUCUGCAGUUGCAUUUGUUCUCGGUUCUUUUUACUGAAAUGAAACUAGGGUUUGGGGGCUGGCAUGAGCGGCUGCUCUCCCCCAGCCCCGUGGUGCCUGGCUGGGCUCACUGCGCUGAGCGUGUCUAGUGGCUACACCAUGGGCUCACUCUGAGGCUGUGCAAUAAACAACCUGUACCCCCUUC